AAUUGUAUUGUAUUAUAUAUAUUUUUUUAUUGUUUCCCUUCUACGUGACUUUACCGAAAGAACCAAGAAUAUAGACAAUAUCUCCUUUAGCUUUUUCUAACUGUGAUCAUGCAAAUAAUAUAAUUAUUAUGAACCCAUGUUCUGUUCACUGCUGGACAAAUGACUCCUCCCCGAGCCAUCGCUCACGAAUUUACGAUGUCCCAAUCCACCCAGCGCCUGCAGCACACGAGCUGAUGAAACAAACAUGAGUGUCAAUUAAUGUUAUUUUUGCUUAACCAGCCCUUGAACUCCUCUCGGCCCCAAUAGUAAACACAUUAAAUAUAAUAUUAGUUGGUUUUAAGUGUUAACUUUAUAAAAAAUAAGAAAGCGUGUUUUACUGGCUAUUGCCGCAGUUAACAAAGCCUAAACACUCUUACGUUCUUUUUUUGUGCUGAGUAGAUAAUAGGCAUCUCUUCAAUACGAUACCACGUGGCAGCAUAGUUACCCAAACUGCAAUGUGUUUGCAUACUUUUAUUACAAUCGAGUUUAUAUAGUAAUAGAUUGUUGAUUAUUGAAGGGUUUGUCUUUUGCUCAAUAUCUAUUGAUAUGUAACUAUUCAUAUGCAAAUUUAAAACUUUAAUCGGGAGAUAUUUAAAAUAUAUAUAUCAUCAAGCCCAGUGGUGUGGAGUCCUUAACUCUUGUCCACUCUUUCUUUCUGGCCUCUGUGUGUGUGUGUGUGUUAUGAAAAAGGGCCAUUGCUCGAAAUGUCACUUAUUAUAUAGACGUUUAUUUUGAGGCCACAUGGUGUUUUUUGAGACGGAACGUGUUGGGGUGUUUUUGUAAAAUGUUAUUGUGCACUCUUGCCAGCUGAGCAGCAGUAUCACGAACUCAAUUGUUUAACUCUGGUGUUUACGGUUAUUCCAUUUUCACACAAUGAAGAUUGUUCCGGUUGUCAUUGUCACAUACUUUUUGCAAACACGUGGCUCCUUUUUUUAAAUAAGAUAUACUGUUGACUCGUUUGACAUGCCUCCUGGCAUCAAAGCCUACUGACGUGAAAACAACCUCAAUUAAUUCAGGAUGUCUACUAAAUAAUUAUUUGAGGUUUUUGUUGUUGAUUGUAUCUCAGGUUACACAGCUGGCUUACAAUACGUAUUUAACAACUGUUGAUUUUAACAAAAUUGGCUAUGUUGCCUGCAGGGCAGUUUAAAGAGGUUGUAUUUCAAGGCAUUAUUCUACUCAGCCCAUUUGUUUUUCCAGCACCUUUUGGUGAAACACAUUUAUCUCGAAGAGCCAUUUAGGUGACGUUCUUCUUACAAAAGGUCGCAUGUUCCGAAAGCCAAGAAUAUGACCGCUCUCCGAGCCAUGGCGCUUACCCUCCUCAUCGCCACGUCGUGUGCGUUGCUUGGCAUCAGCGAGUGUGUGAAUGUUGUGGAGUUCACCGACAGCGCUGCCGGUGGGAUAACGUUCGCGUACACGUCCGAGGUUCCAAAGGACAUCAGUGCAGUCACUUUCUACUUCAAUAUCAACAGCAGCUUCGACAGUUGCAGCUCCAGCACCGACUACACAGGCUACGGGACACUCGCUCCAGAUGGAUAUUGGAAAUACAACGCGUUUUACCUUCUGUCCACGGCCAAUACGUGUAUAUACAGCUGUGCCAUGUACGUCGUUAAAGGCUUCACCUACUUUGUGCCCACGUCCCACACCCUGUUAUGCGACAGCCAAACGUGCAAUUAUUUUGCGGAUACCCUGGAUGCAGCUAAGUCCUCGGAUAUUUCCUUGGGCAUCGGAAUAUUCUAUGAAAAUGCACAAUUCACAAAAACAUUAGCGCCCUGGCUUGACCUUGCUGAAUUCGUCAAUAUCGAACUGGAAGUCGACACCACCCCGGGCAAAAACUAUUACAUGGUUUUCCAGUAUGCAUCAAAAUCAAACCCCCAGCUAAUUGUCUCAUACUUUCAGAUAGUUGUCACGGCUGACGUGAACUCCACCAAUGUGACAACAUGUCCAAACAGCCUUUGCCCCAUCACACCACAGUACACCUUUCCGGUGUACGGGUCAACCAGCCAGACCUUCAAGAUCUAUCGACUUAACAACGCACACGUGUUUGCAAUCGCCAGGGAUAUAUUCACGAUCAGUUGUGACCCUUCCAUCAUCUUCAGUGUAAUGUCCAUUGCAGGAGAUGGAAUUGUAAAGCAAGUCAGGUUUCCACCGAAAGAUUACAAAGUCAGCCAGCAGGUAGGCUGUAUCUGCUUGGCUGAUGACCCCCUGACCUGCUUGGGAAGAUCCAUGUACUUAAAUCCUGAAGGACAUUUUGUCCCAAUUUUGAAUCUUAACCAAGUCACUUGCAAUGACUACUGGAUACUGAAGGAAGAUGGCACCUUGCAGCACCAAGCGUCCACGGCCUGUUUGAGAUUCUAUGAGUUUCUAAAAAAAAAUGCAAUUAUCGAUGCCUGCAAUGGUUACGACAUCGUAUUCUUUGAGAACGGGCGGAUACUCGCCUCGUCCCCUGACUACUGCCUCCACGUCAACGUGAACUGCAGUUACACCAAGUGCGACAACUCCUCGACCACCUUCGUAUUCCGAUCAGAUAUUCAUCCACUGGGGUUGGAAUCUGGAUUUAUCCCCAACGAGGCAUUUGUAGCCUCUUCUUACAUUCCGGGCUCCGAGCCCUAUCUCGCCCGGCUCAACUCCCGCAUUGGCCACUGGCAGCCCCUGAGCACGCAGGGAGCGUACCUGACUGUGAACCUACCGGCGAGGUGCUACUUGUAUGGAAUUGACAUCCAGGGAUCCGUGCCAGAGUACGACGACAAAGUUCAUGUCAACUCGAGUUGGGUGACGUCGAUGGUCUUGUCCCUGUUUGAUUACAACAUUCUCAUACAUAACGAGAAUUUGUUGCAGCUGAACACUGACCCAGUUUUGAAAACGCGAGUGCUGUUCUGGUUUAGCUUAAUGGCCCAGAAAGUCCGCCUGGAUUUUAAAAAGUGGGAAAACAACAUAUCUGUUCGUUUUGAGAUCAUUGGAUGGUUCUACAAGGCUAACCCCACGCAACCUGACUACCAUGUCACAUCUGUCAACGCGAACUUAUUAUUUGUGGGAAACAACAUUUUGAACGAGCUGGUCUGCUAUCGCUGGACCUUAGAAGAUGGAAACCAGACGAUCGUUGGUUCCUCACUGUGUAGCAGUCUGUGUAAUUGCCCGCUGAUACCACGCUUGCAACAAUCCACCUUCGAGUUCCCGUACACCUAUUCGACAUUUGGGAUCAUGAAGGUCACUAUGGAGGAGAUCACGAACUGGUCACAUGACAACUACAGCCUGGAAGUGAGCGUGAAUCCGUUGGGCUGUAAGGUGGUGUCGGUGGUGCUUGAUGACAACUCGACCACUCCCGAGAUGGCUGGAGCGCAUGGACAGAGUGAGGUGUUCACGCUGACUGCCGUCAUCAUCACGGAGUGUGUAAUAACCAGCUUAAAGAACAUUUUUUCUUGGAACAUCAAGAACGCUGUGACCAAUCAGUCGUACAGCUCCCCAGUAAACAUCGGUGGAUACUACCAAUUUGCGCCGGGCUACUUUAAGCCAGGCCUCUACUCCAUCUCAGUAACUGGGACUUUGGACAUAGAAUUAAUCGUCAACCAGACGGCCACCACCUAUGUCCGCUUCAUCCCAACUCCACUCAAAUUGACCAUCGUGGGCGGCACGACACGCACGCUCGGCGACCAGAGCAACGCCGUGUUUGACGCGGCCACCGAGAGCUCCGAUCCAGACGACCCCUCGGCUGGAAGCGCGGGGAUCUCCUUCAACUGGACUUGCCAGGUGACCGCAGCUGCUCCUGCUGUUGCUGCCACUUGUGAUGGAGGUGUUGCGGGCAGCGCAGCAACUGCUGCCGGUGGGGUUCUCACCGUGGCCCAGCAGCUGCUGACGGUGGGCAGCAACAUCACGGUGACAGCGACGGCAAAGAAGGGAGACCGCACAACGAAUUACACGCAGAUCGGCACCGUGGUCAGCGGCACUGUAUUGCUCAUUACCAUCAGGUGUAUCAGCAACUGCGAUGAGUUUCUCAGCAGCCAGGACGAUUGGGCACUAAAGGUCGAGUGUCUUGACUGUGCCAGUCUGGAUGGCGUGUCUAUCGCUUGGUCCAUGUUUAAAGAUGGAGUGUUGGUGCCAUCAUUCAGUAGCCUCACCAAGUCCGGCAUCACAUCGGAUGGGCUGGUGGUGAUGAAUGGGGUUCUGCAGCCCGGUUCGUCCUACAUUGUGGUGGUGAAAGCUUCAAAGCCAAAUAACCCGCCUAGUGAGGCACGCUUGACAGGCAAAGCCAAAUUACCUCCGUAUAAUGGCACGUGUGCAUCUAAUAACAACACAGGCAUUUCUGUCGUGACAUUUUUCCAGUUUGAGUGCAAUUACUGGCUGGACGAUGAAGGGAGGGGGGUUAGGAACGAGUCUGUGGACAAAGGAAUUGUCUUCACGUACAUCUACUCAGCUCUCGUGGGAAACCUCACUUACACGCUAAAGACCACCAAGCUGGCGGUCCCACCACCAUUCCUCCUGCCAGCCGGGGACCCCGCCAAUGGAGACCUCAUGAAGGUGACCGUGUCUGUCUGCAAUGACUGGGAGUGCACGCCGUUCUCCUUCGAUUUGCACGUGCGGAUUCCUGCAGCUAGUGAAUUGCAGAUUUCAUUGAGCAGCUUUAUAUCCCCAAAUGGAAUUAUGUCAUACUUGAUACAAUCUUCUGCUACGAACCAAGCCGUUUUGAUGAUCCAGGUAUAUUCCAGCCUACUCAGCAGCAUCACCGAUCGCAACACCACUGCUGCGGUCACGUCAGCGUUACUGAUGGGCCUGACUAAUAGCAGCGCGCAGCUGUACAAACCGAGUGACGUUCAGCAGUACAUUGAAACCCUGGAUACGCUGGUGUCAGAUCACUCAAUAAUAACAGAAGACCUGCAGGGUGCAGCCAUUCAGAGCAUGGGGGCCGCUUCAAAAGCCCUGGCAGCCUGCAGACAAGUGACGUCACCCCAGGUCACGAAAGCUGCACAAGCUCUGACGUCAGUUGCUUCAAACAUCUUGGAAUCGAUGGCCCUCAGCUUCGCCACUGCCUCUACGAAUGAUACAAAGGCCAACGAAGCCCGGGUUGCCAAGGCCAGAUACGGGUUUUACGGCACCUAUAGCAACAUGAUUACGUACAGCAGCGUCGUGAACAGCAAGGAAGUUCCGGCUGGCGAACCCAUCAUGGCUAACACGCCCACGCUGACGGUGCUCACAAACACGUUGCCCGCCAAAACCAACAGCAGCGUGGGGCUAAAUGCAUACUAUGGCCAGCUCAGCCUGGACACUGUAAAGCCGAACAUCACUGCCAAAUCUAUGAAGUCCCUCGCUCUCCAGAUCAUGGCGUUUCGCAAGAGCCCAUUCAUCUGGAACCAAACGACUUCUGUCAGCAGCUCUGUGAUCGGCUUACAAACAAAUUUCGAUAACAACACGAUCAGCUUGAACUCCAUGAGGGUCUCCCUUAUAAAUUACUUAGCUCCUACCAAUCAGAAUGUCCUCAACCUCAUGCAAGAUCCCACAGACUCUUCGAAGGUGAGCUUUGUCAAGUUUCAGGUGACGUCCUUGGGGACGAUGGUGUUCCUCAAGGUCUUCCUGAAUGAGAACGUCACCACCCCCGUAGAGGUGUACAUCCGAUAUGGCGCUAUCCCGCACAAGGACCCUGUAAGCGAUGACUUCUACUUCCAGAUCGAUCCGUCACUCUCUGCAAAAAGCAGCAUGGGAAAGAUCAAUGGCUCUGCGCACAGCUUCAGCAUGCUAGGCAACGUCACGAAGAUAGGUGACUACUAUUUGGCCUUCAAAUACCAAGAAAACGCCCCACCGAACACACGGAUGACCAUCCACAACUUGAUGUGCAAGACUUGGAGCAAAGCGUCUGACAAGUGGGUGUACGGACUGAUGCAGCCGCAUCGUGACUCAACUCCAGAGAACAUCAUUUGCAUGGCGGAGCAGAACAUCCCCGGCUUCCCGCCCACCAUACUGGAGCCUCUCUUCAUUGGGGCUUCUUUCUUCGUUCCUCCAAACUCAAUCGAGUUCAACACCGUGUUCACCAAGUUCGACCUAAAGUCCAACGGUGCCGUGUUUGCAACCAUCGUCACUGUGACGAUCGUCUACCUUAUUCUGGUGGUCAUCCUCUGCCGAUGUGAUCGCCAAGACAAGCGCGCGUGGAAGCUCCUGCCUUUAAAGGAUAACCCAAAGGACAGCAUGUACCAGUACCUGAUGACCGUGAAGACCGGGAUGGUUUCCAACGGUGGUACCAAGGGCAACAUCUUCUUUGUCAUCCAAUUUGAGACCAGUGACACAGGCAUCCGGGAACUUGAGAAUGGCUACUGCAAGGAGUUCGCCAAGGGCAGUGUGCGCUGCUUUGUACUGUCCAUUCCACACUGCUCCGGGCUGCCCCUUCAGCUCAGGAUCUGGUUGGACACGAGUCCGGAUGACGACAGGGACAGGAGCUGGUUUCUCAACGAAGUUGUCCUGCUUGACAUCCAAACCAACGAACAGUUCUACUUCGUGUGCAACAAUUGGCUGGCGGUGGACCAGGGGGAUGGACGCGUGAGCAGGGAUAUCACGGUGAGCGACCACCAGACCGUGUUCGACUCCAAGAGGCUGUUCUCCUCCACUGUGAAGAGCAACUACGCUGAAGGCCACUUGUGGAGCUCCAUCUUCUUCCGUCCAUCCAAGAGCAACUUCUCGCGAGUGGAGCGGCUGUCAAGCUGCGUAUCGCUGCUCUUCCUCAUGAUGAUUGUCAACGCCAUGUGGUUCGAGACGGACACGGGCCAGGCCAGUACCCCGCAAAUUGGGCCCUUCACGUAUGGCGAGCUUUUUGUCAUGAUCGCGAGCACCCUCAUGGAGGUCCCGAUCAGCAUCCUUAUUGUCCAGAUCUUCCGCCGCACGGGCUACAAGCCCUGGAAGAAGGCGGGCAGAGGAGGAGGGGGCUGCACGUCGCAGCAGUUCCCGCAUUGGACCCUGUACAUCGCCUGGACGUUGGUGGUUCUGGUAAUCGGGACGAGCGGCUUCUUCACCAUCCUUUACAGCAUGGAGUGGGGCCCCGAGAAGGCCAACCGCUGGCUCGUGCGCUUCGUCACCUCCUUCUGCAUAUCCGUCAUCCUCAUUCAGCCCAUUAAGGUGAUCGGGCUGUCGAUGUUGGGUGCCAUUGUGGCUAAAAACAAGCAGCAGUACGAGGACCAAGACACCCUGGUCUACCUGAAGGACAGAAAUUUAUCUCGCCCGGUCACGAAGCACGAGAGCAACCUGGAGGAUGAUGCUGUCGAGCUUCCGGAGCUGGACUACAUAACGGGCCCUCCUCCGGCAGAGACUCUGGUCAAGCUCCGCGAGGCGGUCGGCCAGGAGAAGGCGGCCUCCUCUUACCUCAAGGAAUUCGCCGUGUAUCUCGCGUUCAUGUCGGUGCUGCUGGUCAUCGUGUACACGCGCCUCGACGACCACACCUUCCUGAUGCACCGCCUGCUGAGGAGAACCUUCGCCGAUGGCUCCUUCGAUAAGGUGACGGACCAGAAAGACUUGUGGAAGUGGCUGAAUUCAAAAGUGCUGCCUAACCUGUACCCGGAAGUAGGACAGGCGCCAGCAAAAGCUUCUGGGAUCGCUUUCCUGGCAGAUCUGGAAAGCUACCGAGUGGGGCCUUUGCGCCUCCAACAGUUCAGGAAGGCCAAAGCUGUUAAGGGAAACUCCUGUCAGUUCAUGGAUAGCGCCAGCAAAUGCUUCGGGAUGGACCAUCUGCUGAACCAGGACAGCAACAACUACAGCAAAGGAUGGCAAGAUAUUGACACCAACUCAUCUUAUAUCCCUCAACCACAAGACAACUUCUGGAAGAUCCAGGAUAUGCCCUGGCACAGCGUGUCUGUCAAACUAGGCGAAUUGAACACGUUCAUCGGCAGUGGCUACAUCGCCGAUCUAGGACUGACAUUCACGGAGGCAAGUGGCAACAUGAGCUACCUCGAGCAGAACUCGUGGGUGGACGCCCGCACCACGGGCCUCUACGCACAGUUUAUUAUCUACAACGCAAACGCCAACCUCUUCUGCCUUGUCGAGGUGCUGGUUGAAUCCCUGUCAGCAGAUAUGUUUCAGCCAUCGUCAAACCUGAAAGUUUUCCGUUUGUUUAAUAACAGGAUCUCGUACAUCAUCUUAGACAACGUGGCCUAUAUCUUCUACCUCAUCAUAAGCAUGUACUUCCUCACGUGCGUCAUCUUCAGCAUCACCAAGGAGAAGUUCGAAUACUUAAAAAAACCCAUGAACGUGGCUGAGAUCAUGAACAUCACCCUGAUGUUUGGACCGGUCGCCCUCUUCUACCACCAGGGCACCAUCUCAACUGAAAGCCUGGCAACCCUCACCAAUAACACAGGUCAGCGGGAUUACCCUGGCACGGAGUUUAGAUAAAGGCACAGCCCGACAGUUAUUUACUCACCCCAUGACUAAUUGUUGUAACCUUGCUAAAUUCAAGAAGAAACUUGAUGUGAAUCUUUCGUGACUGCACGAAUUACUCUUUGGUUCUUUCGGUCACGUCGUAAGAAAAUAAAUGUAAU